AUGGAAAAUAGUGGUCGAAUUAGGAUCAUGAAAUUUUCACUAGAUUUGCAAAUAGCGAGUAUACAAUACACGGAAACAUCUGUUGAUUUUCUUCGUUUAAAAGGCGAUAACAAUAAAAUUUUCACACAACAAAUCAAAAUGCGAUCAGCACGAAUAAUUGGUUUGGAAUGGGUUGCUGCCAGCCAGAUUCUUUUCGUUACCAAUCAGGGUUUUGAAUUAUAUCAAGUGAACGCGGAAAAAAAAUCAUUAAAAUUAUUGAAAGUUUAUAAUUUGUCAAUGUAUUGGUAUAUUUACUACGCGGACUCACAACUUAUUAUCGCUUCGAGUGGAAAUGGGGCUAUUUAUCGAUUGGCCAAAUUUGAAGUAGAUUUUGGAUUUUCUGAUGCAAAAGCGAAUCUUUUAGAACGAGAAGUCACUGUUGCAUCAUUAUAUGGUUCUCUUUAUUUACUGGUAUUGCGAUAUAGCUUGCGGGAUUCGAGCACUUCUGAUAUAGCAAUGUAUAAAUUGAGUGUUAAUGGAAUGGAAACACCAGCUCUCACAGAUACACUUCUUCUUGAGCGUACUGGUGCAUUUGGUAUCCAUAUUAUUGACAAUAUUGUAGUCGUUCAUCAUCAAACAACUAAUCAGUCAGUUUUAUUCGACAUUCGCUGUUAUAAUAAACCACAUUCGGGAAUCGUAGUUCAUCGACCUGUAAUAGUGGCAUCCAUUAAAUGUGGCAAUGAACUUGCUGCAAGCUUCGAAUAUGAAGUUCCAACAUAUAGUCAGUCAUGGGUUAUGUUUUAUCCGAAUAUAGUAAUUGACGCAACAAUCGGUCUUUUCACUUUGAUCACACUUCAUCCAGAAUCUUCAGAAUUUGUUUUGGUUAAUAAAGUUGAAUUUCUACGCUUUCUUUACAAUCGUUCGUCAAUGAAAUCGCUAUUUCUUAAUGAAUUCCGUUCAUCAUUAUUUUCAAAUCUAUUAAGUUUAAAGGAGAUCCAUGAGAUUUUUGACUGGAUUGUUAAACCACUCUCUAAAGGCACGCAGGCAUCAUCAGCUAAAGUUAUUGGUAAUGAUACAAUUAGGUGGAUAGGCCCUGUAUCCAAAUAUUCUUUGAUUGCUGUUCCAUAUCAGUGUUCAUUAUUUACACAAAGUGAUGUUAUCAGCUUGAUAUUUUUGCCGAUUAUUGAGUCGCAAAAAAUUAGCAAAAAGCGACUUGUCGAAUAUGCACUUCACUAUUUACUUGUUUUGAAGGAAUAUGAAAUCGAAGUGCAGCCGUAUUUUCUCAAUGAAAUCCUUGUAUCGGCUAUGGCUUCUGCGGGAGAAUUUCAUCGUCUGCAGCACUGUCUUCAGUUUCGAGUGAUCACUGAUACUAAACAAACAGCAUUCCAGUUAUUAUCUCAUGGAGCAAAGCAUGCAUCAUUGAUUCAAUUAGCUCUUGAUAUGCUUGUAAGGCUUGGGACUGCUACGGAAGAAAUUGUGGAGGUGUUCCUUGCUAGAGGUCACGUUGUUGAAGCUGUUAGGUUUCUGGAAAGCACAUCAUCCAUAGAUAAGGUUAAUCCUCUGAAGUUAUUAGAAGCGGCUUGGCAACAGAAUCGACAAAUUCGGUAUGCAGUUUUUUCGCGAAUACGUUCGAGCUUUUCGCCUUGUAAAAAUAAAACUGCGAAUUCCUCUAAUAGCCAUCAUUACGAAGAAUAUACUAAACGGUUCAAAGAACUGUUCAGUGAGGAAGAAAUUGCAGAAGCCAAAAAGGACUCUCAGCUUGCUGUUGUUUUUCGUAGCUAA